UGUGCGUUAGUCAAUCAGCCAACAUGAUGGGCAUGAGCAAGGUGACCUUCUACGAGGAGAGGAACUUUGGGGGCCGUUCCUGGGACUGCAAUGGAGACAAUGCUGACUUCUCCUCCUACCUCAGCCGCUGCGGCUCCUUCAGGGUGCACAGUGGCUGCUGGAUGAUGUACGACCAGCCCAACUACAUGGGCAACCAGUACUUCAUGAGGAGGGGCGAGUACCCCGACUACAUGAGCAUGUGGGGCUGGAGCAACUCCAUCAGGUCUUGCCGCUUCAUCCCCAUGUACAGAGGAAACCACAGAGAGAACUACAGGAUGAGGAUCUACGAGAGGGAGAACUUCGGUGGCCAGAUGCACGAGUGUAUGGAUGACUGUAACUCCAUCAUGGACCGCUACCGCAUGAACAACUGCAUGUCCUGCCACGUGAUGGACGGCCACUGGCUCAUGUACGAGCAGCCCCACUUCAGAGGCAGGAUGUGGUACUUCCCUCCCGGAGAGUACAGAAGCUGGAGGAACAUGGGAUACCCCAACAUGAAGUUCAUGAGCAUGAGGCGCAUCAUGGAUUCUUGGUACUAA